AACUUUUAAUCACUUUUAUGAUUUGUGCCUGACCCUGUGUGUGUGUGUGUGUGAGAGAGAGAGUGUGUGUGUGUGUGCACAGAUGCUCUGCCCAUGUGUCCCCUGACGACCCGGCGACCCUCAGCAGAUGAUGCCAUGAGGUGACUGACAUGGAGGAGGAGGAGGCGCCUGCUGCUCCGCUGCUGGAUGGAGAGGGCGACAAUGUUACGACAGUGAAAGGAGAGGAAGUGGAGUCUUUCCAAGAGGCGGUGGUAACAACGGUGACGACACUGACUACAACAAGGACGGAAGUGGAGGAGGAGGAGAAAACAUCAGGGGAAGAGAAGGAGGAGGAGAAUGAAGCAGAGAUGGAGGGAGGAGAAGAGGAGGAUGGAGAGGAAGAGGAGAGCAAAGGAAAGAAGUUGUUGGGGGCUUGGGAAUCAGAGGCCUCUUCUGAUGCGAAGCCUCCGCUACCAGAUCCAGCCUUUAACAGGAGGUGCAGCCUGCUCGCCAGUGACGUGAAGUAUAAGGAGGACUUUGAGAAGAUGAAAGGUCAGAGUCUGUUUGUUCCUGGAGUUGAACUCAUCCACGCCAAGAAUAUCAGCGCUGUGAUAUCUGAGUCGAAGUACAAAGAGGAGGGGAAGAAGGAAGCUUCCAUUUCUCUGUACUCCAUCCUGCCGGAGACUCCAGAGACACAGCGCGCCAGAGAAGCUUCAGAGCUGCAGAGCGAGAUCAAAUACAAAGGAAACGUGAAGACUGAGAUUUCCUCCUCUCUUUACUCUCUGCUGCCUGAAACCACAGAGACUCAGUUUGUCAAAGAGCUGACUGAGAUCCUGAGUGAGAACAAGUACAAGGAGGAGGGGAAGAAGGAGCUGAGCAGCAGUUUGUACUCGCAGCUUCCUGAAACCAGCGAGAUGCAGCUGGCCAAGGCCGUCCACCAGUUUCAGAGCGAGAAAAAGUACAAAGAGGACGGGAAGAGGAAGGCCUCCGUCUCCCUGUACUCCCAGCUUCCAGACACUCCUGAAAUCCAGCACGCUCUGGAGGUGUCGCAGCUGCAGAGUGAGGUGAACUAUCGCCCUAAGAUGCUGGUUAAAGGAGCUCCCUCCUCUCUUUACUCCCAGCUCCCCGACACCUCAGACAUCCAGUUUGCCAGAGAGAUGACUGAGAUGCAGAGUGAGAGUAAGUACAAAGAGGGCGGCAGGAGGAGCCUGUCUCAGAGUUUCUACUCUCAGCUCCCAGAGACCACAGAGACUCAGUUUGCUAAGACUGUGGCCGAGCUGCAGAGCGAGGUGAGAGACUCAGUCAUAGAUACAGACGUAGUCGACCGUGACUCCAUCCUCCAUCAUGUCUGAAGAUGUUU